CUCCCAAUUGCGCGUGAGAGGAGUGAGGGUAGCUUCGAGGACGUCAAGUCGCAUUCAUAGCUCCUCUUUGGUAGUUAUACUGUUGCAAUUCUUUGUCCUCGCCCACGGCUCCUUUGUCCUCCUCACUCCACACAUUUAACCCACAUCCUAACUAAACCUUCCUGCAUCCGAUCUCCUACCUCCUCCCCACUAUAUCACAAUGCAACGCAUCAUCAACCGUGCGGAGCGUGCAACCCGCACCCGGAUCCGUCGCCUCGACCGUCUAAAAGCCAAAGAGCGCAAUCUCGCAGAAAAGCAGUACAGAUUCCAAGCUUUGCAGAGGGAGAAUCGAUGGAUCCGCCAAGAGCUCAAAACCGCCCGCCAAAACCUCAUCGAAGACUGGAAGUUGGGCCCCCUGCGGCCAAACAGAGCUGUGGGGGAAAAUAAAGAAAAAUUCGGUGCGUUGGAGCGUGAGCAAAUGGGUCGGCCUCAAUUACCAAAUCAUAUGAAGUUCAAGGAGGAACUAUUGCCUUUCAAGCCGGACGACCGUGUCGUGGUGAUUCGAGGCCCUGAGAAGGGCAAGAUUGGAGUAAUCCAGAGGGUCAACAGAGACACGAACGAGGUCGUUGUCAAGGACGUGAACGUGUCGUUCGUCGAUGGCCGCGCCUUCGACGCCUUCGGUAACACUCCAGAAGCCCGGCGCGAAGCCCCACUACCACUCCCGUUCCAAGACCUCAAGCUCGUCUACAAAUGGGAGAAUCCGCGCAACGGCCGUGAAGAAGACAUUGUCGUGGACAGCAUACGACUCGAGAAACGCGUGGAAUGGGACGAGGAUGGCAAUUCACGGGAAAUAGUUGACCCGUACACUGGGAAGCCUCGAUACGACCGCUACAUCGCAGGCACGGAUAUUAGGAUCGAGUUAACUGACGAGCAGAUGAAGAAGGAGGAGGACCCGGAUUACAGGUCCUAUGAGUGCGAUACAACAAUUGAUAUCAUCGAAGGUCCUGACAGCCAAACAUUCAAUGUUCCUCUAGUGCAUCCUCCAAUGCCCUAUAGCGUCAUCGACGAGCUGAGGAACAAGUACGGGAAAACUAGGACGAGGCACGACCCCGAAUUUAUCGAGAAGAUUGAGGCGAUGGAGAGAAUGGAGCAAGAGAAGAAGAAGUUGCCCGAGCAUAUGAAAACGCCAAUGCAGGUUCUUCGAGAAAUGAAAUUCGCGGAGAAGGCCGCUCAGCCAGCGCCAACUUUGACCCCGGAAAUGCUGGAGCGGAUUGGACAGAUCAUGAAAACGAAAAUGCCUACGCCUACCCUGCGGAAACUACAGCAAGAGGGAAAGCUGCGGGAGGAUAAUGUCGCGUGAGGAGUGGGUUUGGACAGUAAAAUAUUGUAGAUAGUAGAUCCAUUGUACUAUACCGUUCAAGUCCAUGUGGGCC